GCUGUGGGCAGAGGUGGCCCAGUACUGAGAGCAGGGGAAAGGUGCUGGGCCCGGGGCCCAUGCAAGCUGGGCAGGGCAGGCAGGCACGUGACCCUCCAGGGCCCUCCCCCAGCAGGCUGGCUGCCUGCCUCUGCAGGCCAGGCCUGCGCCUGCCCCAGACCCUAUAAGGCCUGGGAGCUGAAAGCAGAGCCAGCUGCCAGCUGCGCCGCCAGUCACUCCAAAAGACCCUCUCGCAGUCCAGCUGCUUAGAGUAUUAACAUGUCUGCUCAAGAGGAAGGAGGCCGGAAGCCCCACAAACCCAAGGGCAAGACCCUGAGCAACUUCUUGGGGUUCCUGCCUGGCUUCAGUUCUGCCCGGAACCUGGUGGCCAACGCUCACAGCUCAGCAGGAGAGGCCCAGCCAGUAGCUGAUUCCACAGGUACUCCUACCCCCGAGGCCGCCCAUCCCCAGGCCCAGGCAGCUACCGACCCGAAGCAGAUGGCCAGGGAGGUGGAAAAGCUGCCGUCGCCUUCGGACAAGAUGAUCUCUGGGGUGAAGGACCAGGUGUGCUCCACGAUGACCAAAACGAAAGAUGCCAUCUCCUCCGGAGUGGCCAACGUGACAGACUCAGCUAAAGGUGUGCUUCAGGGAGCUCUUGGCAUGUCCCAGCCUGAGCACACUGGAACCAAGGAGGCUGUGGCCAGUGGGGUCGCAGGGACAGUGGAUAUAGCCAAAGGAACCUUUCAGACUGGUGUGGAUACCACCAAGAUGGUGUUGACUGACACCAAGAACACCAUCUGCAGUGGAGUGACUGGUGCUGUGAAUAUGGUGACAGGGGCUGUACAGGGGGGCCUGGACACCACCAAGACAGUCCUGACUGGCACCAAAGACACAGUGUCCGCUGGCCUCACCGGGGCAGUGGGUGUGGCUAAGGGUGCCGUCCAAACUGGUGUGGACACCUCCAAGACGAUCCUGACUGGCACCAAAGACACAGUGUCCGCUGCCCCAACCCGAGCAAUGGGAAUGGCCAAGGGUGCUGUUCAGACAGGUGUGGACACCUCUAAGACCAUCCUGACUGGCACCAAAGACACAGUGUCCACUGGCCUCACUGGGGCAAUAGGAAUGGCCAAGGGUGCUGUCCAGACUGGUGUGGACACCACCAAGACAGUCCUCACUGGCACCAAAGACACUGUGUCCACUGGACUCCCCGGUGCAGUAGGUGUGGCCAAGAGUGCCGUCCAGACUGGUAUGGACACCUCCAAGACUAUCCUAACUGGCACCAAAGACACUGUGUCCACUGGACUCCCCGGUGCAGUAGGUGUGGCCAAGAGUGCCGUCCAGACUGGUAUGGACACCUCCAAGACUAUCCUAACUGGCACCAAAGACACUGUGUCCACUGGACUCCCCGGUGCAGUAGGUGUGGCCAAGAGUGCCGUCCAGACUGGUAUGGACACCUCCAAGACUAUCCUAACUGGCACCAAAGACACUGUGUCCACUGGACUCCCCGGUGCAGUAGGUGUGGCCAAGAGUGCCGUCCAGACUGGUAUGGACACCUCCAAGACUAUCCUAACUGGCACCAAAGACACUGUGUCCACUGGACUCCCCGGUGCAGUAGGUGUGGCCAAGAGUGCCGUCCAGACUGGUAUGGACACCUCCAAGACUAUCCUAACUGGCACCAAAGACACUGUGUCCACUGGACUCCCCGGUGCAGUAGGUGUGGCCAAGAGUGCCGUCCAGACUGGUAUGGACACCUCCAAGACUAUCCUAACUGGCACCAAAGACACUGUGUCCACUGGACUCCCCGGUGCAGUAGGUGUGGCCAAGAGUGCCGUCCAGACUGGUAUGGACACCUCCAAGACUAUCCUAACUGGCACCAAAGACACUGUGUCCACUGGACUCCCCGGUGCAGUAGGUGUGGCCAAGAGUGCCGUCCAGACUGGUAUGGACACCUCCAAGACUAUCCUAACUGGCACCAAAGACACUGUGUCCACUGGACUCCCCGGUGCAGUAGGUGUGGCCAAGAGUGCCGUCCAGACUGGUAUGGACACCUCCAAGACUAUCCUAACUGGCACCAAAGACACUGUGUCCACUGGACUCCCCGGUGCAGUAGGUGUGGCCAAGAGUGCCGUCCAGACUGGUAUGGACACCUCCAAGACUAUCCUAACUGGCACCAAAGACACUGUGUCCACUGGACUCCCCGGUGCAGUAGGUGUGGCCAAGAGUGCCGUCCAGACUGGUAUGGACACCUCCAAGACUAUCCUAACUGGCACCAAAGACACUGUGUCCACUGGACUCCCCGGUGCAGUAGGUGUGGCCAAGAGUGCCGUCCAGACUGGUAUGGACACCUCCAAGACUAUCCUAACUGGCACCAAAGACACUGUGUCCACUGGACUCCCCGGUGCAGUAGGUGUGGCCAAGAGUGCCGUCCAGACUGGUAUGGACACCUCCAAGACUAUCCUAACUGGCACCAAAGACACUGUGUCCACUGGACUCCCCGGUGCAGUAGGUGUGGCCAAGAGUGCCGUCCAGACUGGUAUGGACACCUCCAAGACUAUCCUAACUGGCACCAAAGACACUGUGUCCACUGGACUCCCCGGUGCAGUAGGUGUGGCCAAGAGUGCCGUCCAGACUGGUAUGGACACCUCCAAGACUAUCCUAACUGGCACCAAAGACACUGUGUCCACUGGACUCCCCGGUGCAGUAGGUGUGGCCAAGAGUGCCGUCCAGACUGGUAUGGACACCUCCAAGACUAUCCUAACUGGCACCAAAGACACUGUGUCCACUGGACUCCCCGGUGCAGUAGGUGUGGCCAAGAGUGCCGUCCAGACUGGUAUGGACACCUCCAAGACUAUCCUAACUGGCACCAAAGACACUGUGUCCACUGGACUCCCCGGUGCAGUAGGUGUGGCCAAGAGUGCCGUCCAGACUGGUAUGGACACCUCCAAGACUAUCCUAACUGGCACCAAAGACACUGUGUCCACUGGACUCCCCGGUGCAGUAGGUGUGGCCAAGAGUGCCGUCCAGACUGGUAUGGACACCUCCAAGACUAUCCUAACUGGCACCAAAGACACUGUGUCCACUGGACUCCCCGGUGCAGUAGGUGUGGCCAAGAGUGCCGUCCAGACUGGUAUGGACACCUCCAAGACUAUCCUAACUGGCACCAAAGACACUGUGUCCACUGGACUCCCCGGUGCAGUAGGUGUGGCCAAGAGUGCCGUCCAGACUGGUAUGGACACCUCCAAGACUAUCCUAACUGGCACCAAAGACACUGUGUCCACUGGACUCCCCGGUGCAGUAGGUGUGGCCAAGAGUGCCGUCCAGACUGGUAUGGACACCUCCAAGACUAUCCUAACUGGCACCAAAGACACUGUGUCCACUGGACUCCCCGGUGCAGUAGGUGUGGCCAAGAGUGCCGUCCAGACUGGUAUGGACACCUCCAAGACUAUCCUAACUGGCACCAAAGACACUGUGUCCACUGGACUCCCCGGUGCAGUAGGUGUGGCCAAGAGUGCCGUCCAGACUGGUAUGGACACCUCCAAGACUAUCCUAACUGGCACCAAAGACACUGUGUCCACUGGACUCCCCGGUGCAGUAGGUGUGGCCAAGAGUGCCGUCCAGACUGGUAUGGACACCUCCAAGACUAUCCUAACUGGCACCAAAGACACUGUGUCCACUGGACUCCCCGGUGCAGUAGGUGUGGCCAAGAGUGCCGUCCAGACUGGUAUGGACACCUCCAAGACUAUCCUAACUGGCACCAAAGACACUGUGUCCACUGGACUCCCCGGUGCAGUAGGUGUGGCCAAGAGUGCCGUCCAGACUGGUAUGGACACCUCCAAGACUAUCCUAACUGGCACCAAAGACACUGUGUCCACUGGACUCCCCGGUGCAGUAGGUGUGGCCAAGAGUGCCGUCCAGACUGGUAUGGACACCUCCAAGACUAUCCUAACUGGCACCAAAGACACUGUGUCCACUGGACUCCCCGGUGCAGUAGGUGUGGCCAAGAGUGCCGUCCAGACUGGUAUGGACACCUCCAAGACUAUCCUAACUGGCACCAAAGACACUGUGUCCACUGGACUCCCCGGUGCAGUAGGUGUGGCCAAGAGUGCCGUCCAGACUGGUAUGGACACCUCCAAGACUAUCCUAACUGGCACCAAAGACACUGUGUCCACUGGACUCCCCGGUGCAGUAGGUGUGGCCAAGAGUGCCGUCCAGACUGGUAUGGACACCUCCAAGACUAUCCUAACUGGCACCAAAGACACUGUGUCCACUGGACUCCCCGGUGCAGUAGGUGUGGCCAAGAGUGCCGUCCAGACUGGUAUGGACACCUCCAAGACUAUCCUAACUGGCACCAAAGACACUGUGUCCACUGGACUCCCCGGUGCAGUAGGUGUGGCCAAGAGUGCCGUCCAGACUGGUAUGGACACCUCCAAGACUAUCCUAACUGGCACCAAAGACACUGUGUCCACUGGACUCCCCGGUGCAGUAGGUGUGGCCAAGAGUGCCGUCCAGACUGGUAUGGACACCUCCAAGACUAUCCUAACUGGCACCAAAGACACUGUGUCCACUGGACUCCCCGGUGCAGUAGGUGUGGCCAAGAGUGCCGUCCAGACUGGUAUGGACACCUCCAAGACUAUCCUAACUGGCACCAAAGACACUGUGUCCACUGGACUCCCCGGUGCAGUAGGUGUGGCCAAGAGUGCCGUCCAGACUGGUAUGGACACCUCCAAGACUAUCCUAACUGGCACCAAAGACACUGUGUCCACUGGACUCCCCGGUGCAGUAGGUGUGGCCAAGAGUGCCGUCCAGACUGGUAUGGACACCUCCAAGACUAUCCUAACUGGCACCAAAGACACUGUGUCCACUGGACUCCCCGGUGCAGUAGGUGUGGCCAAGAGUGCCGUCCAGACUGGUAUGGACACCUCCAAGACUAUCCUAACUGGCACCAAAGACACAGUGUCCACUGGCCUCACCGGGGCAAUGGGUGUAGCUAAGGGUGCCGCCCAAACUGGCAUAAAUACUUCGAAGACUGUUCUUAAGGGAACCAAAGACACGGUGUCCACUGGACUCACUGGGGCAAUGGGUAUGGCCAAGUGUGCUGUCCAGACCGGUGUGGACACCUCCAAGACCUUCUUGACUGGCACCAAAGACACAGUAUCCACUGGCCUCAAUGGGGCAAUGGGUUUGACCAAGGGCGCUGUCCAGACUGGUCUGGGCACUAUACAGAAUUGGUUACCUGGUGCUGGGGAAAGCUCCUAUGGUGGACUCACCAAUGACCAGGAGACAGACAAAUUUGGGCAACAAACUGUGCUGAACCCCCUGGAGGCUUCAUCCUGCAUGGUCUCCAGCCUCCCAGACACUCUCUGUGCAAGCCAUGUCCUUGCCACAGAACCUAUUGCAAGUACCCAGAGCCUUGGUUCCACUGUGGCAGCAUUCACACAAGGAACCUCACUGGGCACAGAGGAUGCGGGGUGCAUGGCCACCAUGCACAGCCAUGAAGGUGUCACGGGCUUCAUGACACUCCCAGAGGAACUGCGGGAGAUCUUCCACCCCAUGAACGCUGAGGAGCAAGCUCAGUUGGUGGCUUCUGAGCCUGGGCCCAGGGUACCCGCAGCAGACCAGAGCAGUUACUUCGUGCGUCUCGGUGACCUGGCCCACGGCUUUCGCCAGCGGGCUUUCGAGCAUACCCUGAGCCAUCUGCAGCAUGGCCAGUUCCAGGCUAGGGCCACACUGGCCCAGCUUGAGGACUCCAUCAGGCUGAUUGAAAAGGCCAAGCAGGCUCCAGAAGGACAGCCAUGGACAGAUAAAGCCGGUACCCAAGAGGUGUCAGACUUGGGGGCUCUGUCCAGGACGUGUGGACUCAUCCAGCAGCUCCACGUGGCUUACAGCACCCUAGCCUCCAGCCUCCAGGGUCUCCCGGCCGAGCUCCAGCAGCCGGUCAGGCAGGCGAGGCACAGCCUCUGUGAGCUCUAUGGCGUCGUCUCCUCUGCCAGCUCCAUUGCAGAGCUGCCAGCCGAGCGCCUGGCUCAGAGCCGUGAGAGUGUAGGCCAGGCCUGGCAAGGGCUGGAGAAACUGCUGGAGAGCGUGCAGCAUAGCCCCCCGCUCAGCUGGCUGGUGGGGCCCUUUGACCUGCACCCUAGUGGGCAACAACUGUAGGUCCUUCUCAGAGCCUCCCCAGCCCCAACUCCCUGAAGCUCUGGGACUGCCCCAUCUACCUUUCUUCCCAAGCAUGGCUGGCCUAGGAGCCCAGGGUUGCUAAGACCAUUGACAGAGGGCCUGCACUUGAAGAACCUGAGCAAGCACUCCAGUUACGAAAGAGAAGUGAAAUGUGCCUGAGUCUAGAAGAUUCUCCUAGCAGUCCCCACUAGGAGCCCCAUCGUCUUUGCAGGGGAUGAGGGUCUUCCACCCCAGUCUGGGCCUUCAGUUACCAGCUUAGAGGGUAGUCCUGCUCCUCUGUACUCACUUUGAAAGCAUCUACCCCAGACCUAGCAAACACCUUGCACCACAAUGUACCAGAAUGCCACCACCAUCCGGAGGCAGGGUCCCAACUGCCUUUGCUGAAUGUGGCCUAGAUAAAGGGCUUUGGGGGACUGCAUUGUUUAGAGGGGCUUUGGGGGGGCUACAAAUCAAGCCCCUUCCUGCCUCUUCUGCUUGCCCACCUGCCCUGUCCUAAAGGCCAAUCACAGGAUCACAGAGCUGAGGUUCUGGUCCCUGGGGCAUCUGAGCCCAGAGGCUGCCUAUGGCGGAAUGAAAGGGCUUCCCCACAGGGGGCAGGGCCCCAGGGAGGAUGGGACAAAAGGUGCUGAAUGUUCCUUCAGGGCUUGGUAACGUGCUCCAGCCUAGAGACUAGGGCCUGCAAUGGUGGGGAGCAUCCCUGCAACCCCAGCCAGAGGGCCAAGCCCCCUGCCCCUGUCCCCAGAUAUGAAAACUCAGGAUGUUCAUCCAAGAAAUUCUCCCUCACUGGCCUAGGCCUCUCUCCAUCUGGGAGCUGGACAUCAGAACACCAGCAGCCCAAGCCGGGUCCAGCUUCCAUCUUCCCAGAACCUGCACCAGGCCGACAGCA